AUGGCUUCGAGCGACGCUGCGCUCCUACCAAGCACUCCUGACCCCGCCAAAGUGUCAGAAAUGCAGGAAAAACAACGAGAGAGUGCUGCUCAGCUUGACAGAAUGGGUACUAGAGGGGUUUCACGGAAUAUGAUCGAUGAACAACCCUUACCGACCCUGAAUGUCGACAUGGUUCCCGACAGGCCAGCGGACAUGAAGGAGCUGUACAUCCCGUACUAUCCUCAGGACAUUAUGACCUGGCCGUUUUUCUUCAAAAAGCUCUGGAAUCCCUACAAUUGGAGUAUCCGUGGCCUCAUACGAUUUUUGCGUCCAGCAAACUGGGAUCUCAGCUUUCCGAAUCCCAUCGCAUACUACAACGAGCGCAAAGAAAAGGGGCCCAAAGCGCUGGCACACUGGAAUCGGCGGAUUCGAGACUACAAUGCGAGCCUCGACGCAAUGCUGCAAAUGGCCCAACACCAACGGUUUGAAGGCUACACCUGGCCAGCGGGCAAAUUAGCGGAGCGCGACAUAACGGCACUGGGAUCAUAUUGGAAGGAUAGAAAAGCACGCAAGAAGGAGGAUACAAUAUUGACCGACCUCUCGGCCGGCGAGAAUUCUCCGUUGCGGGGUAUUCUCCUCCAGGCUGCAGAGGUCUACGAGGUGAUGAAUGCCGCCGUCUCAGAGGGUAAAACCUCGAAUCUGGCCCGCUUUGCAGACAAGACAUAUCUCACUGAACUCGAGAAGCGCGCUAAACGCAUUAGUGACUGCCGCAAAAUAGAGAAUCCAGUCGACUACAAAUGGGAGUUUGGACACUGGAUCAAUCCCCCUCAAUGUCUCUCAAUACGAGCCAUAGACUACUUUGGUACAUACAGCAAAGCAUAUCUUACUGGAGACCGUCUUUACGUCAACAUGCUCGUCAAAUUCGAGUCUGUUCAGACCAUGACUAUUACCGAGAGCUUCCGAAAUGGUCCUUAUGGAGAACUACAGCGCCGAGAGCCCCAAGUCCAAACAAGAGAAGUCACCGAGUACCUAAUACUGGACGUACGGACAUGGGUACCCGGAAGGAAGCCUAAAUUUAUUCACGAGGUCUUUGAAGGCCAGGACUUGAAGUUUGAGAUUCAAACUUAUGAUCCUUCGGCGGAUAAUCAGAAGCCAGUGGCUGAAGAAGGCACCUCAACAGACGGAGCCGUCCCCGCGCCUGGCGCGUAA